AUGAGCCCCCCCCGGGCCCCGCUGCUGCUGCUGCUGCUGCUGGGAAUCGCGACAGCGACAGAGCCAGCUCCAGGCCGGGAUUUGCUGCGGCUGCUCCCGGCCGGGUUCCGGAAGGUUCCGGGGCCGUGUCCCGGCUCCGUCGCUUUCCGCCUCAGCCGGGGGGAUCCCGGCGGGAUCGGGAUCGGGAUCGGGAUCGGGAUCGGGAACGGAGCCCCCGCCCGGGAGCUGCUGCCCGGUGAGCGCCGGGAUCCACCCGGAUCCAGCGGGAAUCCACCCCGGGAUCCACCCCGGGAUCCACCCGGAUCCAGCGGGAAUCACAACGGGAUCCACCCCGGGAUCCACCCCGGGAUCCACCCCGGGAUCCACCCGAAUCCAGCGGGAGUCCACCCCGGGAUCCACCCCGGGAUCCACCCGGAUCCAUCAGGAGUCCACCCCGGGAUCCACCCGGAUCCAGCGGGAAUCACAACGGGAUCCGCCCCGGGAUCCACCCGGAUCCAGCGGGAAUCACAACGGGAUCAACCCCGGGAUCCACCCGGAUCCAUCGGGAGUCCACCCCGGGAUCCACCCGGAUCCAGCGGGAAUCACAACGAGAUCCACCCCGGAUCCAUCAGGAAUUCGCCCCGGGAUCAGCCCCGGAUCCAGUGGGAAUUCGCCCCGGGAUCCGCCCCGGGAUCUGCCCCCCGAGGCUCCAAGGGGGAGAAGGGGGAGCCGGCGGCGCUGGAACCGGGAAUGUUGGUGCAGGGCCCCCCCGGCCCCGAAGGACCCGCGGGAAUUUCGGGACCCCCCGGAGCUCAGGGACCGCCCGGAGCCCCCGGAGAGCCCGGGGAGAGGGGCCCCCCCGGCCGCUCCGGCAUCCCCGGAUCCGAUGGAAGCCCCGGAGCCCCCGGAACCGCCCUGAUGCUCCCGCUGGCGCUGAGGGGCCCCCCCGGCCCCAUGGGGCUCACGGGGCGCCCGGGACCCACGGGCCAGCCCGGCAGCUCUGGCCUCAAGGGCGAAUCCGGAGAUUUCGGGCCCCAGGGCCCCAGGGGACCCCGAGGUCUGAUGGGACCCCCCGGAAAACCCGGAGAGAGGGGUCGCCCAGGACCCGACGGCGCUCGGGGGCUCCCGGGGGACCCCGGGCUCAAGGGUGAGCGAGGAUUCGACGGCCUCCCGGGGCUUCCGGGGGAUAAAGGACACAGGGGUGACCCCGGCUCCCAGGGGACCCCGGGACCCCCCGGCGAGGACGGAGCGAGGGGCGACGAUGGCGACGUUGGACCCCGGGGGCUGCCGGGGGAGGCGGGUCCCCGAGGUCUCCUGGGCCCCAAAGGCCCCCCCGGAAUCCCGGGACCCCCGGGCGUUCGAGGUCCGGAUGGGGCCGUGGGGCCCAAAGGGAACCUGGGUCCCCAAGGAGAGCCGGGACCCCCCGGGCACCAAGGGACCCCCGGGACUCAGGGACUCCCCGGACCCCAAGGAGCCACCGGACCCCGCGGAGAGAAGGGUCCCCAGGGGAAGCCGGGGCUGCCGGGAAUGCCGGGAUUGGACGGAGACCCGGGUCACCCCGGCAAGGAGGGACCCCCCGGCGGCAGGGGAGGACAGGGUCCCGCCGGUCCCCAGGGUCCCCAGGGCUACCCCGGCCCCCGCGGCCUCAAGGGAAUCGACGGCAUCCGGGGGCUGAAGGGUCACAAGGGGGAGAAGGGCGAGGAAGGAGCUCCAGGAUUCAAGGGCGAUGUUGGAGUCAAAGGCGAUCGGGGCGAUCCGGGCGCUCCCGGCUCCCGCGGCUCCGACGGCUCCGAGGGACCCAAGGGACGCUCGGGACCCCCCGGAGACCCCGGAGAGGCCGGAAUUGGGGGGGAAAAGGGAAAAUUGGGAGUUCCGGGAUUGCCGGGAUACCCCGGGCGCCAGGGCCCCAAGGGCUCUCAGGGAUUCCCGGGAUUUCCCGGCAGCAGCGGCGAGAAAGGAGCGAGGGGAUUUUCAGGAAAAUCGGGGCCCAGGGGGGAGCGCGGCCCCUCCGGACCCAGGGGGCAGCGGGGACCUCGCGGAGCCACCGGAAAAGUCGGAGCCAAGGGAAUUUCCGGGAGCGACGGCCCCCACGGACCCCCCGGAGAGAGCGGCAGCCCCGGCCCCCAGGGCCCGAACGGAUUCCCCGGCCCCAAAGGGCCCCCCGGACCCCCAGGAAAGGACGGAAUUCCCGGACACCCCGGGCAGAGAGGAGACGCCGGAUUCCAAGGCAAGCCGGGCCCCCCCGGCCCCCCCGGCGUGGUCGGAGCUCAGGGAUCACCGGGAGAGUCGGGGCCGCUGGGGGGGAGGGGACACCCAGGACCCCCCGGACCCCCCGGAGAGCAGGGACUGCCCGGAACCCCCGGAAAGGACGGAGCCAAGGGCGAUCCGGGUCCUUCGGGCCCCCCGGGCAAGGACGGCCCCGCCGGAUUCCGAGGAUUCCCGGGAGAGCGAGGCCUUCCCGGAAUUCCCGGAGGGGGAGGCUUGAAAGGAUCCGAGGGACCCGCGGGACCUCCCGGGCCGGCGGGCUCUCCCGGCUCCGGGGGCUCCCCCGGCUCUGGGGGUCCCGCGGGUCCCCCCGGACGCCCCGGACCCCCCGGACCCCCCGGAGCACCCGGAGACAAAGGAGGCCCGGGAGAAAAGGGCGGCCCGGGCCCCCCCGGGCGCGACGGGAUCCAGGGACCCCUCGGGCUGCCGGGACCCUCCGGACCCCCCGGAGCUCCCGGUGACGACGGAGACAAGGGCGAGGGAGGCGAGCCGGGUCCCAAAGGUCCCAAAGGAUCCAAAGGGGAGCACGGACCCCCAGGACCCCCCGGCCCCAUCGGGGGAGUGGGACAGCCCGGAGCGGCCGGCGCCGAUGGGGAGCCGGGGCCGAGGGGACCCCAAGGACAUUUUGGGGUGAAGGGGGACGAAGGAACCCGAGGAUUCAACGGCGCCCCCGGCCCCAUCGGCCUCCAGGGUUCUCCGGGUCCAGCCGGAGACAAGGGAGAGACGGGCGACGUUGGACCCCUGGGUCCCCCCGGCCCUCCCGGACCUCGAGGCCCCUCCGGAGCUUCCGGAGCCGACGGACCUCAGGGACCUCCCGGAGGCGUCGGGAAUUUGGGACCCCCCGGAGAGAAGGGCGAUCCCGGCGAACCCGGAACUCCGGGAAUUCCAGGAGAACCGGGAAUCAAGGGUCCCCGUGGGGAUCGUGGGGAAAAAGGAGAAUCCGGAGCCUCCGGAGCCGCCGGAGCCGCGGGCGGGAAAGGCCCCCCCGGAGACGACGGCCCCAAAGGAAACCCCGGUCCCGUUGGAUUCCCCGGAGAUCCCGGAGCCCCCGGAGAGAUCGGAGCCAGGGGCCAGGACGGAGCCAAAGGCGAACGAGGAGAGGACGGAGAACCUGGGGAGGCGGGCUCUCCGGGUCCGACGGGAGAGAACGGCCCCCCCGGGCCCCCCGGCAAGAGGGGUCCGGCCGGAUCCCGAGGUCCCGAGGGGCGCCGGGGUGGGAAAGGAGCCAAGGGGGAGCCGGGAGCGCGAGGAGCUCCCGGGAAAACCGGAGCCGUGGGAGCAGCGGGAACGGCCGGAAAAUCGGGAUCCGAGGGGCUCCGGGGGCUGCCGGGAGCCGUGGGAGAACAAGGAAAACCGGGAAGCCCCGGCCAGGCCGGACCCCCCGGACCCCUGGGCCCCCCCGGCCUCCCCGGCCUGAAGGGAGACACCGGAGCCAAGGGAGAGAAGGGCCACCCGGGGCUCCUGGGGCUGUUGGGACCCCCCGGAGAACCCGGAGACAAAGGAGAGCGGGGCCGGCCCGGAAAUCCGGGAAAUUCCGGGAAAAAGGGGGAGACGGGAAUUCCCGGAGCCGCCGGAGCCUUGGGACCAUCGGGACCCCCCGGACUCCCCGGUCCGGCCGGGCCCAAAGGAGCCAAAGGAGCCACGGGCCAAGCGGGACCCAAAGGAGAGCGAGGACCCCCCGGAGCACCCGGACACCCCGGCCCUCCAGGCGAAACCAUCCAACCCCUCCCCAUCCAAAUUCCCAAGAAAUCCAAGCGUUCCCUGGAAUUCCCGGAAUUCCAGCAUCCAGAACCUUCCAGCCUCCUCCUGGAAUUCCUGGAUUCCCUGAAAUCGGAGCUGGAGCGGCUCCGGAAUCCUCCGGGAUCUCGGGAUCAUCCGGCCAGGACCUGCCAGGACCUCAAGCUCGGCCACCCCCAGCUCCAGGAUGGGGAGUAUUGGAUCGAUCCCAACCAGGGAUGUUCCCGGGAUUCCGUCAGGGUUUUCUGUAACUUCACGGCCGGAGGGGAGAGUUGCGUGUUCCCGGAAUUCCAGCAGUUUUCCUACCGGGAUGGGGAAUUCCGGCGGCUCCCGCGGGUCCAGCUCAGCUUCCUGCGCCUCCUCAGCUCCUCCUCCCGCCAGAGCCUCUCCCUGCCCUGCCCCGAGAAUUCC